GAAGGGCAUGAAGUGUGAGGUGAUGGCUUUGUGUCAGCUCCAACAGCAAUGGGGCACAGAGCAUGAGGUGCCUUGUGAUGAACUUCUCUUUGGCUUGAGUUGUCCUAGUCCCUGGGAUGGGAUCCUGAUCUCCUGGGGAAGUGCUUUGGUGCAGAUCACAAGGAUGUAGAUGCAUGGGGAACAAAUGCCCCAGGGAGUAGCUGAUGUUUUUUGUUGGAGCAGAGAGCGAGAGCUGACCCACGGGCGGCACACAGAGUGGAGCAGCCGCGGGGGCUGCAGUGCAUCCUGCGAUGUCCCAGGUGCUCAGCCUCUAACGAGCCAUCUCGGCCCUGAGGAGGGCUCAGCCCCACAGUCCAGAUGUUCGGGUUUGGGGUGAUCCAGCAUGGGGAGCUGCACUGUGAGGGUGGACUUGGCUCCACAGGAAGCCACCGCUCAGGAGGUGUCUACAGGCAGAUGUUGGCAGGUCAGCAAGGGCUCUGAGCACGAUGGGGACCUACUGGGGACCAAAGCAGAACUCUGCGGCAGAGCAGGGACCCAGCCCCAGGCUCCUGAACCACUUCCCUCAGCUCAGCCUCCCGCUCCCUCCUCUGGUGCCUGGUUGCAACACCCGGAGCCCCGGGUCCAAGCCGUCCUCUGGGUGGUCACAGCCUCUCGUCUCUGACAAAGACCUCAAGCGCUGCAGCAGAGCUGCCUUCGGGAGGCUUGGGGAGACACGCCGGGCUGAGACAAGACACUCUGUCCUCGUGCUGCCCCUGAGAGCAGCAGUGCUCUGGCACCUUUGCUCUUGCCCUGGGAACAGGGAGGGGGUUACAGGUGACAAAGUGCAUCCCCGACAAUGCCAGCAGGUUGUUGAUUGGGCUGAUGGAGAAUAUGCUGAUAGAAGUGCACAUUUUAUCACCUCUGAUUAGAGAUUUAGUGCUUGUGCAGUUUAAACAUUAAUUUGUCCAUUUAAAACAUUUUUGUUCAUUUAAGCGAUGUGUUCUAGUACAGCCUGACCAUAGCAGUCGUCACCAUGUCUGCGUUUGGAGAUAUUAUAAAUGCUCUAGGGGAGUUUGGGCUAUUUCAGAAAUGGCUGGUAGUGCUGCUCUCCCUCCCAAUCUUCUUGACUGCUUUCCAUAUGCUUGGCCAACUGUUCAUGCUGGUGGACGUGCCCCAUUACUGCAACACCAGCUGGAUCCGGGUGGUCGGCCCCAACCUGACGGAGGAUGAGCAGCUGAACCUCACCGUCCCGCGGGGCGCGAGCGGGGCGUACGAGCAGUGCUCCAUGUACUCACCUGUGGACUGGGACCUCGACUCCAUCGUGGCGUACGGCCUAAAUGCCACGCAGAAGUGCAGCAACGGCUGGGUGUACCCCUCCACACAAACGCCAUCCCUGCUGACCGAGUUUGACCUUGUGUGUGACAGGAAGGACCUGAAUGACAUCUCCCAGGCCAUUUACAUGCUGGGGCUUCUCCUGGGAGCCAUCAUCUUUGGGCCGUUAAGUGACAGAAUCGGUCGCCGGCCUGUCAUUCUGAUCUCCAUCCUCAUCCAGGGCUUAUUUGGUCUUGGAACUGCCUUUGUGCCCCAUUUCUAUGUAUACAUGGCUUUCAGGUGUGUCGUGGGAGCUUCUGUAUCAGGGAUCACCAUGACGAUAUUGGCCUUGGCUACAGAAUGGGUUGGUGUCUCCUACCGGACCCACGCAGUGCUUAUUUCUCACUGCUGUUUUGCCGCCGGACAGAUGCUUUUGGCUGGCUUGAGUUACGGUAUUCGGAACUGGAGGCUGUUGGAGAUUGCAGGAUCUGUUCCUACAUUUGCUCUUUUCUUCUACUUCUGGGUCCUACCAGAAUCGGCUCGGUGGCUGAUGACAAAAGGGAGAGUAGAAGAAGCUAAGAAGAUCCUUCAGAAGGCAGCAUCCGUUAACAAGCGCACCAUCCCACCAGGGCUCCUUGAGCAGCUGAAGCCUGAGGCACAGACCAAGCCUGGAAGUACUAUGGAUCUCUUCCGGAAGAAGCACCUCCGCAAGGUGACUUUAAUCAUGACGUGCACCUGGUUUGUGAACAGCCUUGUCUACUAUGGGCUCAGCCUGAACGUAACAAACUUCGGAUUGGACAUCUACCUGACGCAACUUGCCUUUGGAGCAGUGGAAGUCCCAGCUCGUGCCUCUUGUAUCUUGUUUCUGCAGUGGUUUGGGAGGAAGAAAUCACAGGGUGUUCUCUUGCUGCUGGCUGGUCUAGUGUGUCUGAUCAUCACUGGCAUCCCUGAAGACCUGCCUGUGCUGAUCACUGUUCUGGCCGUCAUUGGGAAGUUUGCCUCCUCGGCCUCCUUCUCCACCUCCUACGUGUACACGGCAGAGCUGUUCCCCACCGUCGUCAGGCAGACCGGCGUGGGGCUGUGCUCGAUGUCGGCGCGGGUGGCAGGGAUCAUCGCCCCGCUGAUCCGCCUCCUCGGACACUACCACCGGGCCGUGCCCAUGGCCAUCUUCGGGAGCGCCCCCGUGGUGGGGGGGCUGCUCUGCUUCCUGCUGCCUGAGACCCGCGGCACAGAGCUGGCAGAUGACACGGCAGCAGCCGUCCCCCAGCACAGGUCCUGUGAAAAUGCCAACAGCAGCUCGGAAAGUGGUCACGUGAAAGCAAAAGGUGGUGGCCAAGACAAAGAGUACCCUCAGACCACAUACUUCUAGCUGAUCCUGCAAGCAGCCAAAGGCAACCGAGCACUGUGCUGGCACUGCGGACGGUCAGGGUCUCUGUUUACAGUACACCAGCUCUCUCAGUCAAGCAGCACUGCUAAUUCUUCUUUUUCCCUUUCUUUUUUUGCCUUCUUGUAUCUCCCUCUACGGUUUGCCUUUGGGCAUUGCAUACUGUCUCUUGUGUUCACCAGUGCUCUCCUCAGAGACAAUCUGAAGCUGUUAAUUUAAGGAAAAAAAAAAAAGUUUUAAACAUGGAUGCAACAUCAUCUCCUCCUCUUUCAUCUCCUGUCUCCACCAACAUGAGUCUGGAAACUUUGUCCAAGUGAGUCACCUGUUGCAGCAUAGAAUAAACUUGCAAAGGAGCACUGCACUCACAAAACAGAAAGCUAGAGCAGAUGCAGCACAGAAAAUAAUCUCACACUUGCAAAAGGAGUCAUUUCUCUGGUCUGUCUAGCAUGGCUUCUCACCCUGUCUUAAAAACUCUGUUUUUUUAAAAAAAAAAAAGAUUUGAGAUGCUCAGUCAGGGAAGAUAAUUGUGCUGGAAAAAACAACAAGCAGUGAGCAAGGAUGUGUAGCAGAUAGCAGGAUUUUCCUCUUGGUGCCAGCUGUUUUGAAUGAAAGCCUACAGUGAUGCUUGGUGCAUGGAAGGUUGUGCUAUCAGGUUGUGGUGAAAAAUAAGUGUUCCAGGAAACCAAGAGUUGUUGUAGCAUUUGGUCUCUUAGAAGAAAAUGCAAAUCUUUCUGGGAAAGAACAAGUCAAUAUGUUGUGUUGUGUUGUGUUCUAUUCUAUUCUACUCUACUCUGCUCUACUGUAUUCUAUUCUUCAUGCUGUAUCCAUUACUGUGUCUGAAUGGUUUAUGACCACUUUUGUCUUGUACUAUGAAGAAAAAGUAAGUGCCUUUUCCUAUACUUCCCUCCCAUACCUUCAGUCCCUCAGGAUGACUUUCUUUUACCAUCAGCUUAGUAUAGAUGAAGCCCAGAAGUUUUAUAAUGGUGGUGUUGUCACUUCGACUGCAUACAGCCCUACGGCUUUUUGCAGGUAGUGCUGAGAAGCUUUUAAAGGAAACUUUGUUUUUCUUUGCUGUCAUGCCUGCAUGUUUUCUGUGGGUCAAAGGAUCCCAUGAAUAUGCAGUUUGGUGAGGACAGUGUUCUGGAUAAAAUCAGUUACAUGUGACAAUGCCCCGUCAGGAGGGGCUGACUAUGCUGCCACCUUCUUUGAGCCUCUGCUUUUUAAGGGAUUUGUUAUAAGUUAGCUAUGGUGCUCCUAACUUGUGGGUCUGCCUGUGGAGGUGCUUGGUCCAUUGCUGGUGGAUGCUAUUGUCAGUCAGCUGGUGGUGUCAGUCUGCUGCUGGUGUCAGUCGGCUGGUGUCAGUCUUACUUGGUCUUUAUGAAAGAGAAGGGAUUGGGGGGAAAGGCUAGGCUGAGGGAAGAGCUUGGAGCAAAAACUGGUUAUUGAGUGAGCUGUGACUUCUCCUUUUUUGGAAAUCUGCUCUGAGAUUCUUCAUUUCAACUCACUUCAUAAAUAAAUAAAGAUGUCCAGGCACA